AAUGAUAUUUUGUAAAAACACCAACAAUUAUAUCACCUUUAACUGACUAUAGUCUUAACACCAAAGGUCAAAAGUUACUGAAAUUAUAUUUUUAUGAAGCACAAAUGAGUUUUCUUCAUUAUGAUAUACGAUAUAGGAGCAAAAACAGCCCUUUGUUACCCACGUCCUUUACAGGUGUCAUCGAUAGCGUAAAAUCGGUGACUCGUUGACAAUUUAUUAACCAUCGUGAUACUGGUACAUACGUUAUUCAAACGUAUUUCUAUAUACGUAUUAUUAUAUACCAUACAAAGAUGACGAUCUAACUAAGUGUGAUACAGUAUUCAUUGAAGUUUUAAUCGAUGACCUACUUCCGAACAGGGAACAGGACAAUACGAUUCAAUUCGUGUUAAAACAAAAAUGAAUGGAAUAAACAGUAUGAAUGAAAGCAAUGUGAUACAUGUACCUACGAUUGAAAGUACCAGUCAGCUUGUCAUUGAGGAAAUUAAUGUGACAGAGAAUAAAGUGGAUUGCUCUACGAGAUGUGCAAAAUGGUUUCGAAAGUUUUUUAUGGAAGGUCAAGUUUUGGACAAGGAGCAUACAGACGCUAUCAAGACAUUACCACAUGACGCAUCCUGGUAUAGGACAGCCCUCGUGAAAUAUAGGAGGUUUGUAGGACCUGCAAUAAGCGCAACUGUUGUCUAUUUUCUCUGGCUGGCCUAUAUGAUCAAGUGGAACAUGUGGUACUUAUUUGUGGAACGAUAUGAGAUGUCCGUCACCAUGGUGUUCGGAUCUCUCAUUGCAGGGAUGACUAGCGUUGGAGGGGGAGUUGUGGCGUUCCCUGUCAUGACGCUUGUCGUCAACGUGACCCCAAACAUCGCACGAGACUUCAGUCUAAUGGUUCAGUUUUGUGGAAUGACAUCCGCCUCUUUCGUCAUCUACUUCAUGGGCAUUCAAGUGGAUUGGAACAGCAUCAUUAUUUGCUCGAUCGGGGGUGUUUUUGGCGCUAUCUUUGGUUUUGAGGUUGUCGAUCAACAUCUGUCUCCGCCAAGAAAAAAGUUCACGUUUACAGCAUUCUGUUUUGCAUUUGCAUUCGCAUUGUUUCUUCUGAACCGAUAUCGUAAUAGAAAAACAUUUCUAACUGUUCCGUACUUGAACACAUGGAAAGGUUUUGUUUUAUUCUUGACUGCACUUGUUGGAGGAAUAUUUACUGCUCUUGUCGGCAGUGGUUUGGACAUAGUCAGUUUCAGCGUCAUGACAUUACUGUUCCGUGUAACUGAAAAGACGGCAACUCCAACAUCAGUUAUACUCAUGGGUAUCAAUACUGCAUUUGCUACGUAUUGGAGAUCAGUAAUACAAUACAAUGCUUCAACUGAUGCAUUUCAUUACUUGUUAGUUUGCAUCCCAAUCGUUGUCAUUGGAGCACCGAUGGGAUCUGUUAUAGGUAGCUAUCUACACCGCCUGGUUUUGGCUUCAUUUGUUUACAUCAUCACUACUGCAGCGCUGAUUGGCUCAUUCGUAGUCAUACGACCUUUGACCCCUGAUCUGAUUGGUCUAGCUGUGGGAAUCGUUGUGGGCGGAGGCCUCAUUUUCUUUCUGCUGACACUGGCUGGAGCCAAACUUUUGAAACAAGUUGAACAAAUAGAGGAAGGAAAAAUCACGAUGGUGGAUAAUGGUAGUGUACAAAGUGGUGUACGAACUCAAAAAGUGUUCACAGUUGCAGACAACGCUGACCCCUCGGUAAAGAAUGAACAUUUGAACAAGGGGUUUCAAGAAAAAUACUACAUCGACAGAACAAAAUGUCGAAAUGUCUAGUUGUAAAUAAAAUAGUGUAUUUCCCUUGAAACUAUUUAAUCUAGAUCAGGACGAUACCCGAUGUUGCUUUGAUAUGAUCAGCGAACAAUUUGUACAUUAUA